GUACAGAGGAAGAGUAAGCACUUUGACGUGUGCAGCAGAGGUGUACGUGAGUCAGGGCUGGGUAAUGGAAGAGUUCUUUCCUUCCGUGCCCACACUUUUACAUAACCAUCCUCCACUUUGACUGCAUGCGGUCUCUCCUCCUUAACUCUCCACUUAUGAAUGUAUUUAUGCACUCAUUUGCUUUUUUUGGUCACAAAGUGUUCCCAGGACAAAAUAUGCUACGUCACAUUAGCGUCUGCUCUCCUACUUUCAUGACUUCUCUUGCCGCCCUCUCUCUCCCAGCUUUGGCUCUCCACCAACUCUCUCCAGAAGUGUAGAGGUUUGCUUCUGGAUGUCCUAACUGUUGGAUUGCUUAAUGAGUUUAUUAAGUGCUUUUUAGUUGCAUUGACCACUCAAAUGGCUUUAUUCACACACCCAUAAAGCACUUUAUCAGUUCGGCAUACAGACAGGAGGAGCCGGAGAACCACUCGCACUGCAAUUAGUGGACAUUCCUUGUCCACAGCACUAACUCUGUGUACAGGAACCUUAUUUGUUGCUUGCUCUAUAUCAGAGUUUUUAGAUGUUAAAGGAAUAUGUAAUUUCUAGUAUCCAUGGAUGAUGGUAAGUCAGUAACCUAUAUAAAGAAGAAAUCAACAGUUUUAAACUUGAAAUUCAAAGUUUCAGCUUUUAGCCUUGUUUCCUAUUCUCCUACUGUACAAGUCCGGAGGCGUCCAAGUGAUACAGUAGUUACGUAAAAUCCAUUCUCAAAAUAGUGCCUCAUUCACUCUUUGUGUAAGCACAUGGUUGUGUUUAGGGACCUAUAAGAUUGUGAGUGUGCUGCUCUUGGCAUGCCAUCCACAGUCACCCACGCGAUGUGGUCCAUCCACACACGCACAGACACACAGAUAUCAGGCACAAGAGUACUCUGGCUAACCAAGCAGGCCUGCAGCAAAAUGUUGGCAGCUCCUCUUAUGUCCCGAGGUCAUCUAGCGAGUGUGAGCGAAUGCAUAGAGCGUAAUACGAUCAAAACAGCGUGCACAGAAUUGGAGCAAAGUGUGUUUGUCGUUUGAUCCAAUAGCACCACUUGUUCUCUAUUGGUUUCAAUCAAAAUCUCUAGUGGAACAUAAAUGCCACAGUCCCAGUUGUUUCCCUUAGUUUUUAGUUGUUUCUGGUGUCAUUUUGUUUCCGUGCAUCAUGUUUAGCAUCAUUUUCCUUGUUUCAGCGUGUUUGUUAUUUAUUUGUCUUUCAGUUAUUUCCUGUUUUACUUUGAAGGUUUAUUUUCUCAUGUGUGGUGUUGUUUUUGUACUUCCUGUUUUUGUUGCUUUCCUUUCUUUGUGAUUGUCUGCUCGCCUUUCAUUAGUUUUAUAUGUGCUUUGUUUACUUCACCCGCUCCUUGUCCCUGCCAGUGUCUCAUUUUGCAGUUAACCCCAGAGGACAAAAUCAUUAUGAAUUUUUUUUUUUUGGUCAAACUUUCCCAAGUGCUAUUUUUAGUAGAGCAAGGGAUUUUCAUCACACCAGCUUCUAUUUUAUACAAACACUAGUUUUCUUUAGAAAUUAUAAAUUAUUUCUAUUUGGCAAAAGCAAAAGACAUCAGUUUAGACUUGAGAAAAAGAAUUGUUGAUGCUCAUAUAACAAGAGAGAGAUAUACAAAGUUGUCACAUAAAGUGUCAAGAACUGAAGAGAGCCACACAGUACAGAAUGAGCCUGGCAGAGUUAGGAAGCAAAAGAUUUCAAAGACUCUGGAAAGAAAACUAGUGAAAGAUGUGUUUAAAGACCCCAGAACAAAAUCAAAACUGAAACUCUCAUAGGAGGGUUAAUAGCCCUGUCUUCAUCUGUCCAUGUGGACUUUGUGUUUCCCUUUGUUUGUGCUCAGUGCUUUUCCCCUGCAUUCCUUGUGCUUCUUGUGCUCUUAUUUUGGAUUCUUGGUUUGCUGCUGUUUGGACUUUGUGUUUCUGUGUUUUUGUAAUCGCCAUUAGCGGUUCCUGUUGUGUUUACUUCAUCUGCCUUGGUGUCGUACAUUCAGGUCAUCUGUCCAGCUACACAUGAACAAAACAAUCACGACAAAAUUGCUUUUAUGUAUUUUACAUUUAGGCCAUUAGUCAGCAUGUCAGCAUUAAAAGAUUAUGUCAGUUUUAGUGGCAUAUGAACUUAGUGACUGGUGUGCUUCAAACAAAGCCUCUUGAAUGGCUAGAGGAGAGAUGACACUUUGUUUCCUGCAGCCCCCUUUUUUUCCAUUGCUCUGUUUUAUAACUGUAACCAUGUGUGUGGUUAGUACGAGUCCUUUUUGUGUGUACAUCAGCAGAAAUUGAUCGCCUUUUGCCCCAUAUGGACUGAGACUGCUGCAGCCACACAAAGGAUCAUCACGCUGACCAGGUUUCAUCGACUUGAGACCAGUAGUGUGUGUGUUCUAGUUUGUGUGCAGCACCCCCUGCUAGCACUCUUCUCCUAUACUGAUUACGCUGAUGGAAGCGAGGAGCAGAGCUGUAGGUUAUCAGUCAUCAGCUGACUUAAACCUGAUGAAAAACACCCCAGUAAAAGGCUGACACACUGUCGGUGCAUGCCACAGUUCUCCCAAAGCUUAUUGUGUGAUUUUAAAAUCUUGCUACAUGCACUGAAGCAGCCGACAGACAGAUGGGCACAUCAAUCUCAGCAGCAGCAAGCGUCGGCUGCUUUUUGGCAAGGGGGUCGCUGCCAGAGUUAGAGGGCAGGUUGUAGGGUCGCUCUGAGGUUAGGGGUCACGGUAAUCUCUAUGCUAACAGCCAUCAUUCUUCAUUUUCUUUCUCUCUCUGUGUGCACCAUAAGCCUAUCCCUCAUCACCAAAACAGCAAUGAUUUUGCACCUUUUUGUUGUAGUACUGUGUCGGUCCCUGCCUGUGUUUCGGUGCUGACAAAUUAAGAGUCGGGAUGGUUCUACAUAAAAGUGACAUUUACGGCGGUUAUGAUGGUUUCCAGUCAACCGUUGCACGCUGCACCCAAAUAUCAGUUGCAGAGCAGCCAUCUUGCCCGGCUUCUGUGCUGCUUCCUGUUUGUGUUCGUGUUUUGUAUGUCAUACAGAAGCUACGGGCCUUCAUAUCUCUCACUCAUCAGCAUUUCUCUUUCUAUUUACACAUACCUCUCUCUUUCCCCUCUGUGAGAGGAAGUGGCCAUGCUUUGCAGGGUGCAGUCGCUUACAGGAAGAGAGAGAGAGAGGGAGGGAGAGAGAGUGGAGGGAGAAGGGGGAGGGCGCUUGCAGACUGAUAACACGCUCAACCACAGAUGGUUGAGCAAGGUUGCAAGAGAGUGAGGCGGUGAAGCUGGUGCAAAGACAGGCUGAGAGAAGAGGGAGAGGAUAAGAAAGAGAGGAGCUGAGUGUGAGGAUUCUGUCCUUUUUUUGGUAACAUUGUCAAAACGAUGGGAAGGAGAGCAGAGAGGAGGUAGCAGGGGAUCUGUGAGCAUCUCGUUUCUGCAGUCGAGGAGCUCUACUGCUGCUAUUUACCCAAGACCCUGGGGACGGAUGGAUGCUUACACAAAUAAAUGCCAGCAUAAUUGACUUGGUUGUGCAUGAGGGACUUUAGUUGGACUGUUAUUCGCUCCUUCUCAGUGGGUCUUCACAGAGACACAGAGCAGGAUCAAAGCAGGAUGUGGUGUUGCUUGCAUGCAUGCCUUAACGAGUGUGUGUUUGUGGGCAUAACAGGUGCUCUCAGGUGAGCGAGCUUAACUUGAAACCAGUCUGUAAGCUGACUCCAUCACUCCGCCGUGUGCCUACGUUUGUGCGUGCGUGCGUGUGAGGUAGUUACAAGCUUUGCGUAAAAGUGUCUGUAUGUCUAGCUGAGAAUACUCAGGUGCACAUACAGAAUGGCCUGUUUGUGACUCUCACACACACUCACACGCAUGACAGGAGGAAGUGACACGUCUGUUGCUCGCUCUUGCAUUUCCUGGUCGUCUCUCCGGUAGCACCCAAAGUGCCGAAUCGAAGCCGAGUUCACCUGUUUCGCCCUCGCAGGUGGGAUCUAAACCCUCUGGAUGCAUCAGCACAGGAGCGCAGACUAUUUCUGGAUGAGUAAAGGGCAGUUGUACGCGUGUAGACUCUGACUGUGCCCAAGCGUCACUUCGAGACAACCCAUCGCUUCCUCGAGCUGCCAACGUGCUACUCUGGUGCUUUUCUGGUGCCAGAGGCUGUCCUCGGACCUCUCCAUGACCGUCAACACAGUGCUGACCCCCUCCAUGACCAGCAGUAACAGCAUGAGCAGUGGGUACUGCAGCCUGGAUGACGAGAGCGAGGACUUCACUUUCUUCACAGCCAAGACCUCGUUCUUCCGCAAGCCUAGGCAAACAACUAAGCAGAAUGCAGCAAAGGAAGAAGAGAAGGGAGCGACAAAAGACCUAUCAGUGGAAGAAGUGCGGGCCAGGAUUGAAGCGUAUAACGCUCAAGUCACAGAAAAUGGAAUGAAAUUGGCUUCAGACGGCUCAUACACAGGCUUCAUUAAAGUCCACCUGAGGCUCAAUCGACCAGUCACCGUCCAUGGCGUGGACCCGUCAGCCUCAGAGGGUGCGUCCAAGCAGGUCAGCGACCGCCUCCAAGCUCCGCCGAAGGAGCAGGAAGCUACAGACUCUGAGCAUUCAGAGAAGAGAACGUCCUUCUAUCUACCAAGCGACAGUGUGAAGCAGCUCCACAUCAGCUCUCAAACCACCACAGGAGAGGUCAUCAAGGGCUUGCUGAAGAAGUUCAUGGUGUUGGACGAUCCACGCAAGUUUGCGUUGUACAGGCAGACGCACCGCGACGGACAGGACCUCUUCCAGAAGCUUCCUCUCUCUGACCACCCUCUUCUUCUAAGGUUGAUUGCGGGACCAGAUCCAGAGCAGCUCAGCUUUGUGCUUAAGGAAAAUCAGACCGGAGAAGUAGAGUGGCAUGCAUUCUCUGUCCCCGAGCUUCAAAACUUCCUGGUCAUCCUUCAGAAAGAGGAGGCGGAGCGCAUUAGAGCAGUGGAGCAAAAAUACACUGUUUACCGAAAGAAACUACAGCAGGCCCUUCAACAACAUACCCCCUGACCCCCGUCACACAUAACGUCAUGGCUUUAACCCAGGGAGAGACUGACCCUUUGAACUCCGACACCUUCGAGAUCUAUUCACAGAGCAGAGCCCGAACUAGCUUUUCUUGGAGCUCCAGAUAUACACGCGGACGUGCACACAUGUUCACACGUGGUUGCAUAGCCUUUCUCAGGACGCAUAUGAGCCCCUCUCACCGCCACCACAACCCCUCAUACGUCGCCUCCUUGUGAAGGGGAUCGGGAGUCGAAAGCGUUGUAAAAAGCUACAGAGUGUGUGUUGUCUUCUAGCUGAUGGGACAAAUAGUGCCAAGGACACUUGCACACACACACACAUACACACAGAAAGAUCUGUACUGUAACUCAACUCGAGUUGAGACUGAUAGAUUUUCAUAAUGAGUGGUGUUUGUAAAGAUUCCCUCUUCUUCUGCUACCGCUGCUGCUGCUGCUGCUACUGCAAGUGUUACUUAUGCAUGAGUCUGAGCUCAUCUUCCCUGCACAUAGACUUAGGAUUAGAACAGUAGGCAUGAUUACUUUUUUUCUGCAUCAUGCAGGGAUGGAAGGACAAUCAUACUGUGUUGUUCCUGGAAAUGAUAUAUCAGUUAUCAGCAGAUGUGCUAUUUUAUCUCUCUGGAGUUCUAAGGGAGGUAUUUAGGGUGGGAGUUGAAGUACUGGCAACCCGUGCUUCUCCUUAGAAAAUGUUUUCUUAAGGAGUUUCGAAAUCUCAGAACAGGUAUAAGAAAGCGAGAUCCAUUCUGGGCUUUUUCUCAGGGAGCAUGAAUUGGGAACAGAGAAAAGCUAAAGGAGGAAAAAGAUAGCCCUGUUCCACGUAGAACAAGCUCGUUUUAGCCCCUGCUUAUCUGUUCUUAUUUGCUAAAUUCAGUCAGUGCUUCUUCAGCCACACCCAGUUGGCACCCUUCUCCAUGCUCCUGCAAAACAUACACAUAAUCCAGACAUGUUCCAAGAUGAUAACUGUCAUAUAAUUUCCAUUUCCCCUCUCACUUUAAUCGCAAUCAAACUUGCAUGAAUUCCACUUGCAAACUGCAUGAACCCCACCUGCGGAGAAAAGCCUGCCGAGGGAGGUGAACCACAAACCUUUAUCGACACACUUUAUGUACACUGAUGGAGUUGUAUAUUAAAUGUUACAGGACUUUGAUGCCAAAGCUUAGAGAGGGGGCACAUCUGCUGAGAGUGAUUAAAGCGAUUACAGACAAAAGUUUGUUGAAUUAAAGGUGGUGUAUGUGAGGAAAACUGAUUCUGUUUUGCACAUUUACAGUAGAUGCAGGUUAAUGAUGGUCCAAACAUCUGGGGCUGGGCAUGCAUUUAGGUUUUCUUGAAUCUACCUGCCUUCCAACC